UUUAUCACUAAUAUUCUUUCAGGCACCCCCCCCAGUCUUCUUUCUCUAUAUCCCAUUCUGUUUUCAUCCUACUCUCUUGCUCUUUAUCCCUUUUUCUCUCUCCCAAUCUCAUGUCUCCUUGUGAUUUUUAAUGUUUUCUUCCCCCCCCUUCCCCAUCUCUUACCCCUACAAAUCAAUGCCCCAUAUCUCUCUCCCCACUUGAAUUUCUGCCACUGUCCUUCCUACUUCUUUUCACUCUCUCUUUUCUUCCCUUUGUGCAUAUUCACUCUACUUUUCUCUGCACUUUCUUUUUUCCUUCUCAUGUUCACUCUCUGCUCUGUCAGCUUUUCAUUUUGUCCUCAGCUUCUCAUUGUCUUUCUCACUGAACCUUUCUUAUCUCUACUUUCUUUUUCCUCCUUCUCAUGUUCACUCACUCUUUUUCCCCACCUCCACUCUCCUCAUGUUCUCUCUCUCACAACCUCAUCUAUGCUCCGCUUUUCCCUCUCUCCCCACGUGACCUUUUGCCAUUCUUUUCUAUGUACAUCUCCGUGCGUUUCCGGUUUGCCCACCUGGAGCUGGCAGGUAAGGGCGUGGAGGAGCGCGCAUGCGCACCAGUUGGCUAGAUAAUUUCACCUGGGUCCAGCAAAGCGGAAGUAACAGCGGUAACAUCAGCCCCCAGAUCUGUCAUCAUCAUCAUCAUCACAAUUAUCGUUCCCGAGGUGACAGCCGCCUCCGUCCGGAUCCACCUUCCCCUCUUCCGUCCCCACUUGCAGUCUGUCUGUCCGAGGAGCCGCGGCGGAGAGCAGCGCUGCCUGGGCCCUUCUCCAUCAAUGCUUGGCAGUGCAACUGAAAAUUGUGAUGGGAUAUCCCACUGACUGAUUCUUUUUCGUGCAUCAUCUUGCCCCACAUUUAAUAUGGCAAAUAUAAAAAGACUCUUUUUAGGGAGACGAUUUAUUCACUGGAAACUUGGCUUUAUAACACUAAUAUUUAUGGGAUUUUUGUUUUUGAUACAAAAAGAAGUUGUUGAUUGGGAAAGGGAUGAACUGGGGGCCCAUCGUGGGAAGAAAAAGAUGUUAGACAUUGUGAUCGAAGCUGUGAACAAUAUUAAAGAGGCAAUGCCCAAAAUGCAAAUUAAUGCCCCUCUGAGGCAGACUGAUAAUGGAGAUGAGAGACCAUGUUUGCCUGGAUAUUAUACAGCCGCAGAACUAAAAUCAUUCCUUGAGCGCCCCCCUCAGGAUCCUCAUGCACCUGGAGCAGCAGGAAAGCCAUUUAAGGAGGAUACACUCACCCCAGAAGAGCAAGAAGAAAAAGAGAGAGGAGAGAAGAAACACUGUUUUAAUGCUUUUGCAAGUGACAGAAUCUCACUUCACCGAGAUCUGGGCCCAGACACAAGACCUCCUGAGUGCAUUGAGCAGAAGUUCAAGCGUUGCCCUCCACUGCCCACAACAAGCAUUAUAAUCGUGUUUCACAAUGAGGCCUGGUCUACCUUACUCAGAACAGUGUACAGCGUUGUGUAUACUUCUCCAGCUAUACUUCUUAAAGAGAUAAUUUUGGUGGAUGAUGCCAGUGUAGAUGAGUAUUUGAAAGAUAAACUGGAUGAAUAUGUGAAACAGCUUCAAAUUGUCAAAGUAGUGCGACAAAAAGAACGGAAAGGCCUGAUUACUGCUCGUUUAUUAGGUGCCUCUGUUGCAACGGGUGACACCCUUACAUUUCUGGAUGCGCACUGUGAAUGUUACUAUGGCUGGCUAGAGCCACUCCUGGCCAGGAUUGCAGAAAAUUACACCUCUGUGGUCAGCCCAGACAUCACCAGCAUUGACCUAAAUACAUUUCAGUUUGCCAGCCCGUCCCCUUAUGGAAAUAAUCACAACAGGGGCAAUUUUGAUUGGAGCCUAUCGUUUGGCUGGGAAGGACUUACGAGUUCAGAAAACAAAAGACGGAAAGAUGAAACCUAUCCAAUAAAGUCUCCCACUUUUGCUGGAGGGCUUUUUUCAAUCUCCAAGGACUAUUUUGAACACAUCGGAAGUUAUGAUGAAGAGAUGGAAAUCUGGGGUGGAGAAAAUAUAGAAAUGUCCUUUAGAGUAUGGCAGUGUGGUGGACAGCUAGAGAUCUUGCCUUGUUCUGUUGUUGGCCAUGUAUUUCGGAGCAAGAGUCCUCAUACCUUUCCUAAAGGAACACAAGUGAUUGUGCGUAACCAAGUGCGUCUGGCGGAAGUCUGGAUGGACGAUUAUAAAGAAAUCUUUUAUCGUAGAAACAGAGAAGCUGCAAAUAUUGUCAAAAGGAAAGAAUAUGGAGAUUUGUCCAAACGGUUGGAUCUGAGGCAUCGACUUCAAUGUAAAAACUUUACUUGGUAUCUGGAUAAUAUAUAUCCUGAGAUGUAUGUGCCAGAAAGAAACCCUUUGAUACAUGGAGAUUUAAAAAAUGUUGGUAGAGAAUUGUGUUUGGAUGUUGGAGGGGAAAAUCAUGGAGAGAAGCCUCUGAUCAUGUACAAUUGCCAUGGACUUGGUGGAAACCAGUAUUUUGAAUACACUUCAAGACAUGAAAUUCGACACAAUAUUCAGAAAGAGAUGUGUCUCCAGCCUUCCCAUGGUUCCCUUCUUAUUAAGCCGUGUAAUUACAAAGGUCGAGACACAGCCCCACUUCCUGAAGAGAGAUGGGAGCUGCAGAGGGAGCAACUCCUCUUUAAUCCCUCCUAUAACCUGUGUGUAACUUCAGAUGGAGCCAGCCCCAGCCUGGUUCAGUGUAACCCUGCAGAUCCAUUCCAGCAGUGGAUCUUUCGGCAUCAAGAAUAAACCACCAGAAGAUUGUUUUCUUUUCAACACUGUGAUAAGAGUACACUGAAGCAUUUUAUGCAAUAGCAGCUGCUGUGGUUAUGCCGGGAAGCAAAGCCUGUCUUGUAACAAAAGAACAAACACUCCAUGUUACGGCUGUGACUCUAGAAAUGCCAAAGAAACAUUUUAAUCUGUUUAUAUUCUUUUCUAUUCUUUUCUGUUUACAGUUUAUAGAGUAAGGUGAGGGGUGGGUUUGAGGGCAAAUAUUUACAGGCUGUGUCAUAAGCACAUUUUUUUUGAGCCAAAGAAAAAAAAUGGCAAUGUUUUAAGGAAUUAAUAUUCUCAUUACUUUCCCAGAAAACAUGCUGGAACACUUUAAAGCAGACAUGCCAGACUAGCACCAAAAAUAACCUAAAAAAGGAAAAAUAGUAUAUUAAUAGUAAGUUUAAAUGACUUAUUUGUCUCUUUAACACACCAUAGUAGCACAAAAGCUUUGUUCUAAUGGUGCUUCUUUGGUUAUAUGAUCCACACAUACCCAGUAAAGCUCGUUUUGAAAGCCAGUGCAAAAUUCAGAAAUUGUUUUUAGAGUUCCAGCAUAAUAGCAUGCGCCACAACUGUCUUUCAAAAUAACCAACUCUGACACAAAGCUAAAUGUAGAGAAACAGGUUGCUGAGAGAAGGUUAGUGAAUAAUAACCAGAUAAUUUCAUAAAUUGUGCAGAGUUUUUAAUUGAUAAUAAGGGAAUGUAAUUAAAAAUGGCAAGGGUUAUUUAAAAUGGCGUUUUUGCAAGUGUUUAGCGCUGCUCGUAAUGUAAUAUCAUUCGCUGCUGAAUAUUACAUUGUGCAUUAUUGCAAAAAACGGUUUGCGAUUGCAAAAUUUUAUUACAUACACUGCACAUUUUCGCAAAAGCCAUGUGCAAAAAAGCCAUUUGUGAAAAAGGAUGUAAGAAUGUAACAUAUUACAUUCCCCCCAUUUUUGGAGACUGUUUCUUAUUUCCAAGAGAUGAAGCUUAUAUUAAAAUUUCUAUUUCAUGAAUGCAGCUUAUUGCCCAAUUUUGCCCUUUGAACUUGACUUUGUAAAUAAACCUUAUUAGUCCGUUUUUGUAUAUAUAAAUGAGGACUAUAUUGCACAUUCUCUUAAAGCAAGUGGACCCAAAUAGAUUGCAUUGUUAGGCAAUGAGGAACAUUUUUUAUUGCUGCUUCCACCCAUAUGCAUUUAGAAAAUAUUCAAUAAACUGAAUAUUACUGACCUUAA